AUGGCGAGGUCCACCCACGAGGCGGCCGCUCCAGCGAUUAGCUCGGAAGCCACCGAGGCAUCACCGAUCAAAGCCUCAACCUCGCCAGCAGGCAAGAAAUUGCCCGCAUGGCUGGAUCAUUUCAAUGCCCGGGACCUCAAGGUUCUAUUUCGAUGCUCCGUGGCGGCAUGGGUCGCUUCGCUGUUGAUAUUCAUUAGUCCCACGCUUCAGACCAUUGGCACGGCCUCAUUCUUCGCAACUCUGGUUUUGUUUAUGGUGCCUCCAAAUGGAAUUGUAUUCAUCUUUCUUCUUGGGACAUUGACCCUCGUUGUCGGUAUGGGCAUCGGCUGGGCAUGGGGUGUUAUUGUCAUGAAAGCCGCGCUGGCUGCACGACCUGCAGCUGCCACCCAGGGGCAAUUGCAAGCCCUCGGUCAACAAGCAGCCAGCUUGGCCAAAUCUAGUGGUCAGCCUGUGACUGUGGUCCAAAGUCAACUAAUCUACGAGGGAGCCAUGCUGGACGCCCGCGUAUCUGCGGUCUACUUCUGUUUGAUUUGCUUUCUUGUCUAUGUCUUGUCUCGUAUCCGUGCCAAGAAUCCUAAAUUCGCUUUGACGCAAAUUUUUGGCAUCAUCAUCAUGGACAUUUUUAUAACCAUUGGGCCCCUUCUGCCGACCUUCAAUGGGACUCUUCCCAAGAUCCUCAUAGAGCCCGCGGCUAUUGGAAUCGGUAUUGGUUUGGUUUGCAACAUCUUGUUCUUUCCAACGUCGACUUCCUAUGUUGUACUUGAAGGAAUGGAAGCCGUGGUUCGACUACUCCAAGGUCCACUGGAUGCAACCGUGAGCAGUCUAAUCAACGCAGAGCACUUGGAUAUGAAGCAGCUCCAGGCACUCAAGAUGAAGGUUCUUGCCCUCUGGCAAAGAAAUGAGCCAGCAUUAGCCUUUUUGCAAUUAGACUUUUCCGUGAGUCGAUGGAAUGCUGAAGACGUCAGAAGUCUCAAGGAGCCGAUUCGACGAGCUGCUUUGAGCAGUCUUUCCCUCCUGGAUUUUCAUAUCGCUCGCCUGGGAGGAGAAGCAAAGCUCGAGAGACUUCGCGGCAUGAUGGCGGACUCGGAUUUGGAUUCCGAGAUCACCCCCGCCGAGAAGAUGUCAGACAAGAGUGAAGGCAAGGCGCGGCCUUGGGAGGCAGGCAGACGUCAAUUGCUCGAAAGUCUCAGUCUAGUCAGAGCUUUCACUUCGCCCGAACAUGAAGCGUUGAGGCAGGAUAUGCUCGAAGCUCUUCGAAAACCUUGCAAUGAAAUCCUGCCGGCCUGUCAAGAAGCCAUCGCAUCAGUUGCGAACACAAUCCAUGCAGUUAAUGCAUCACGGUGGUUUGGCAAAGCAUCCGAGUCAAAAAUGGCUGAUCUUCUGCAGCGUUGCGAGACUCACUUGAGUACGCUACAAACGCUGCGCGCUUCCUUCGCGGUAGAAACCACCGAGCGUGUUAUUCAGUCAACGGCGGGCAUCUUCGACGAGAGCGGAAAGCUCAAGUCCACAGAUGAGGCCACCAUGCACAAAGUGCGAGGAAUUGCGGGUGGCAUGGUCUUUGAAGAACAAAUUCUGGUCAUCGUUGAUGCCUGGUGUAAAGUCUUGGACCAAGUUGUCGCUUUGAUGAAGGCACGGACGCGAGUGCGCCUGUGGCUUCCGCGCGGGCUACGGUAUGCGGUUAAUUGGGUGUUUCGUAAAUCUGCGGUCGCCCCUGUCAUUGCUGCGCAAUCUACAGAUGUGGAUCCCGAUGUGAUUGAAGAACAGUCCAAGGCAGCCCAGGAGAGCCUCAAUAUGAGUCGAGGGUUUAAAGUCCGUCGACGCAGCGGCUUCGGGAGAAUUGUGCUUGGAACGUACCACUGGCUCAUCAAUGCCGACGGCAUGUACGCACUGCGUAUGGUCGUGGUGACCAUUGCACUCGCGAUCCCUGCGGUGAUCCCGUCAAGUGCAGGGCUCUAUUACCGCGAAAAGGGUCUCUGGGCGUUGAUCAUGGGCCAAACCACGCUGGUGAUCUACAUGUCCGACUUCACAUUGUCGAUUGCCUCUCGCUUCAUCGGUACGAUCGUUGGUGGAGUUGCUGGCCUGGUCGGUUGGUAUAUCGGCUCUGGUAAUGGCCCGGGGAACUCCUAUGGGUUGGCAGCAGUGAUGGCCGUCGUUAUAGUGUUGCUCAUGUGGGGACGCAUCUUUGCAUCUCCCGCGUUGUUGUCAGCGACGAUCAUGGGUGGUGCAACCUGCAUUCUGAUCAUUGGCUAUAGUUUUGAUGACACGUGA